UUCAUGUGUUCAAACACGGUGCGAGUGAGUGAGAGAAAGAGAGAGGGAGAGGGAGGGAGGGAAGGAGGGUAGGAAUGAGAGAAACGGACAAGCAGUAUGAGGUGAACAAGCUCGAUACUCAUGGAAACUACUUCAAACCAUUUCUCCCCUUCUCCAGAGGAAUAUAAACAAAUAUAACUUUUAUGGGAAGUCAGAAAAAGGAUUACUCUCAGAGAUAAUGGGAAGCACAGACACACCCGUGGCGUUCAACGUGUGCGUGGAGCUGAACGGCAGCCUCGCGGACCGAGGCGGGCCCGAGUACAGCGAGGCGGAGAUGGCGGUGCUGGGCGUGGUGAUGUCGCUCCUGGUGCUGUGCAUCGUGUUCGGCAACGUGCUGGUGAUCAGCGCCAUCGCCCGCUUCCAGCGGCUGCAGACGGUCACCAACUACUUCAUCACCUCGCUGGCGUGCGCCGACCUGGUGAUGGGCGUGGUGGUGGUGCCCUUCGGCGCCUGCUACAACAUCCUCAACGCCUGGCACUUCGGCAGCUUCUGGUGCGAGUUCUGGACGUCGGUGGACGUGCUGUGCGUGACGGCCAGCAUCGAGACGCUGUGCGUGAUCGCGCUGGACCGCUACCUGGCCAUCACAUCGCCGUUCCGCUACCAGUCGCUGCUGACCAAGAGCCGGGCCUGCGUGGUGGUGCUGGUGGUGUGGCUGGUGGCGGGGCUCAUCUCCUUCCUGCCCAUCCACAUGAAGUGGUGGAUCUCAGACGACCCCGAGUCCCUGUGCUGCAUGCGGGACGCCUACUGCUGCGACUUCAACACCAACACGGCCUACGCCAUCACGUCCUCCAUCGUCUCCUUCUACAUCCCGCUGGUGGUCAUGGUCUUCGUCUACAGCCGCGUCUUCCAGGAGGCGCGCAAGCAGCUGGAGAAGAUCGGCCGCAGCGAGGGCCGCUUCCGCGCCCAGAACAACAACCUGGCGCAGGAGAACCGCGGCGGGGGCGGCGGGGGCGGCGGCGGCGGCGACGGCCGGAACGGCGGGAAGCGGAUGAAGUCCUGCCUGAAGGAGCACAAGGCCCUGAAGACCCUGGGCAUCAUCAUGGGCAUCUUCACCCUCUGCUGGCUGCCCUUCUUCGUGCUUAACGUGGUGCUGGCCAUCUGGAGGGUGGAGAACAUCAAGCUGGCCUUCAAGAUACUGAACUGGAUUGGCUACGCCAACUCGGCCUUCAACCCGCUCAUCUACUGCAGGAGCCCCGAGUUCCGCUACGCCUUCCAGGAGAUCCUGCACCUCCGGAGGGUGCACUUCGCCAAGCCAGGCCCCGCCAAUGGCCUGACGUCCGGCAGGAACGCCUGGCACAGCGAGCUGCAGGCCAAGAGGACGUACGGUCCCGAGGGCGGGCACGCUGGGAAGGGCCCCCCGGAGCUGGGCGAGGGCCCCUCGGGGGCCCCGGAGAGAGACUCCUACAGGAAGUGCCAGGAGGCGCUCACAACGGUCAUUUAAGCCGCUGUCCUCACGGCAACAACAACAAAAAACAACUUUUCUUGGCUUUUUGCGGUUGUUUUAAGUUUUUUGUUUUUUUUUUUGUUCUUUUUUUACAAAGACAAAUGGCUAAGCGGGUGAAGUUUGUCUGGUAAGCAGAUGCGGAGAUGGCGGAUUGGAGUAAAGCGGGGCAGAGGGUGGGGAGGGGGGCUGGAAGCGGCGUUUGUUUCGUUUUUGUUUUCUUGUGAAAACACAUCAGCUUUAUUUUGGUCACUGUGUGUGUGUGUGUGUGCGUUUGUGUGUGUGUCCGUGUGUGUGUGUGUGUGUGUGUGUGUGUGCAUAUGAAAAUUUAUGUACUUGAGUUUCAUAAGGAUCUUUUCCACUUUCACUGAAAUUGGAAAGGGAAUUUUCUUGCAUCUACCUCAUCACUUUUUGUGAGCUAUCCUCACUGUCUUAUCAUGAAACUGUACAUUUGUAUACUAAUCAAGCCACCAGUUUGCCUGUAAGGCUUGCCAUUUAAAUAAAUUACUAAUUAUAUCUGACUUAUGA